AUGAGUUCAACUACAGAUGUAGGAUUAAUUCAAGUAGAAGUUGCACCAACUUAUGCUCCAUCUCUGCCGGUGCCAAAUGUUCAAGAAAUUGUGAGGACAUACCCUUUUCAUGUCCCUGACAGAUACCUUCGGGAUCAAGAAGAGAUUCCAGAGAAUAUAGAUCUUACUUCUUCUAACCUUUCUUCGGAGAUUCCUAUCAUUGAUUUUUCUCUUCUUUCGAAAGGGAACAAGGAGGAGCUUCACAAAUUGGACGUUGCUUGCGAAGAAUGGGGAUUCUUUCAGAUAGUGAAUCAUGGAGUGGCAAAAGAAGUGUUGUGGGGCAUGAAGGAUGUUGCGGCCAAGUUUUUUGAGCUUCCUCUGGAAGAGAAGAAUAAGGUUUCUAUGCCUUCAGAUGACAUACAAGGCUACGGCCAUGCUUAUGUGGUUUCUGAAGACCAGAUUCUGGAUUGGUCUGAUGCAUUGAUUCUCAACGUGUACCCAGUUCACUAUAGAAACCUUAAGUUUUGGCCAGCAGAACCAGAGAAUUUCCAGGAGGUUCUUGAGUCAUAUUCUGGUGAAGUUAAAAGAGUAGGAGAGGAGCUUCUAAGGUCUCUAUCGAAACUCAUGGGCAUGGAGAAGGAUACUCUUAUUGGCCUCCAUAACCAGUUGUUACAAGCUUUGAGGGUGAACUACUAUCCUCCAUGCUCCACGCCUCAUAAAGUAGUAGGACUGAGUCCACACUCGGACACGAGCACCAUAACCAUACUUAUGCAAGAAGACGGUGUCACCGGUCUGCAGAUUCGAAAAGGAGGAGAAUGGGUCUCAGUCGAGCCAAUUCCAGAUGCUCUUGUUGUGAAUGUUGGGGAUGUUCUUGAGGAGAGGUUAUCCUAUGCAUCAUUUCUUUUUCCACAUUUUGAUGUGGAGAUUAAACCAGUUUAUGAUAUCGCUGUGUCAGAUUUGACGUACAAGAAAGUCAGAUACGGAGAUUAUCUUAGACAAUCCAUGAAGAUGAAGCACGAGGGGAAGGCACACACUGAAAUGGCGAAGAUCAGAAGCUAA